AUGGCCUCGAUCCAGAUACUGGACGGUGGUCUUGGAACCUCCCUCCAAGACCAAUAUGGCGUGAGCUUCGACAGCACCAACACGCCCCUCUGGUCCUCGCAUAUGCUAGUUUCCGACCCAACCACCCUCCAAGCUUGCCAAGCCGACUUCGGCGCCGCUGGCGUGGACGUCCUCCUCACAGCAACCUACCAAGUCUCUCCCGAAGGAUUCGCACUUACUAAGACAGCCGAAUACCCGAAUGGUAUUCCCGUGCAGGCUGUGGGCGGAUACUUGCGUACAGCUGUGGAGGUUGCGGAACGCGCGAAGGGCCGCGACAGCGCCAAGAUCGCGUUGAGUCUGGGUCCGUACGGGGCUUGUAUGAUUCCAGGACAGGAAUACAGUGGUGCGUACGACGCGGCGCAUGAUAGCGAAGAGACGCUUUAUCAAUGGCAUUUGGAGAGGCUGCGAUUGUUUGUGGAGGUGGAAGGGGGGUUGGCAGGGCGGGUACAGUAUGUUGCGUUUGAGACACUGCCGAGGCUUGAUGAGGUGCGGGCUGUGCGAAGGGCUUAUAAGGACUCUGGCAUUGAGGCGCCGUUCUGGAUUGCUUGGGAGGACCAGGCGUUGCCUGAUGGAAGUUCCAUUGAGCAGGUUGUGGAGGCCGCCGUUGGACCUUUACAUGGUGCGCCGGUGCCCUGGGGUAUUGGUAUGAACUGUACCAAAGUUCACAAGCUUGCUGGCUUGAUUGAUAAGUUUGGAGUGAGUGUUCAGGACGCUGUUGCCAAGGGCCAGCUUUCUGCUGCUCCUGCCAUGGUUCUGUACCCUGAUGGUACCAAUGGGGAGGUUUACAACACUACGACGCAGGUUUGGGAAAAGCCUGAUAGUCUGAAAGAGGGCCAGCGAGACUUGGGUCCCUGGGAGACCCAACUUGCGCAAGUUGUCAACGACGCCAAGGCAAAGGGCAUCUUCAAGUCAUUCCUCGUGGGCGGCUGCUGCAAAGCAUCGCACCAGGACAUUGCGAAGCUCCGAAAGGAGUUCGAAAAGUGA